AUGCAUCGAUUCAAGAUUUACAAAAUUCAGAUGUGCAAAUACGCACUGAUAAAUAAGUGUGACCGAGGGGAAAACUGCACUUUUGCUCAUGAUAUGAGCGAACUGAGGAUAAAACCCGACAUGAGGAAAACGAAGUUAUGUAAAAGUUACAUAUUAGGAAAAUGCACUGACCACAACUGCAUUUAUGCCCAUUCAGUGAACGAGCUGAGGGAGGUUGGGAAGCCAGCUAUCUGCCAGCUGCACAGAGAAGGGAGGUGCAUCAAGGGGAACCAGUGCAGAUUUGCGCACUCCAUAAAUGACAUAAACACGAAGCUGGUGCAGUUCUAUGAGGAGGACAUGCAGGGGGAGGAAAUGGAGUUUUCUCACCUGAACAGAUGCCUGGAUUCGGUCAGCCCGGGGCAAUCAUCCACUCUGAACAGAGGAGGCAGCAUGGGAAGCGAUCUGCGCAGCAGAGAACUGCUACAUCUGCCGCGCCAAGAAAAGCGCAGAGAGUGGAAACUAAGCGUAAACUUUAACGACGGAAGUUCUAACUCGUCAAGUGCCGACAACCAGCACCCGCGGGGAAAUACAAAGAACGGCAACAGAAUAGACAACACAUCUAAAGGUAUGAAAAGAACAAAUCUGAUAAAGAACUCCUCAUGCAGUGCGUUCUUAAAUAAUAAUUUUCCCAAUUUGAGCUGUCCGAAGGAAGAAGAAGCGGAAGAAAAAAAAAAAAACGAAGAUCUGCUGAGUGCCCGAAAUGGAGAGUACACAAAAUUAUGUGCAAUCAAUAUGAACAUCAAGAGCACCCAGGGAGGGGUCUAUCGGUAUGAUGAGCAGUUACUCAUCCAGGAUGACAAAGAGGAGUAUUUAUUAGAAGGAAGAUUUAAGAAAAUGAAUUGUCCUCAAAAUAGACAGCAGCAUGAUGGAAAUGGUUCCAUUGAAUCGGUGAGGCACAACUUUACGCCCCACUUCAAUUUGAGCUCCAUCUUAUCCUUUAAUGGAGAAGAAGCGGUAGAAGACAGAAGUCGCACCGAUCGUGACGACUCGGUUAACUAUGGGCUGGUAAGAAACGUGCACGCCAUGGGUGAGGGGUCCACACUACGGUUAGGCAAUCAGGGUAGGGGCGGCCAUGGGGCAGAAUUUCCGCAGACAGAAGAGUUCCCCAGAGUGCAGGGCUCGGGAAAGAAGGCGCUCUCCAGCGAAAGAGGCACAUUUAAGGAGGAAAAAAAAAGAAACCAAGCAAACACUGAUAAGGGGAAUGGGUUGGUACACAGGGCGGACCGCUUGAGCGUUCGGGGAGGUCUCUGCUGGGAGGGGAAAGCCUACCCCAUGGAAAUGCUAUCCGGGAAUGGCGGUAUGGGCAGAAACAGUGACCGCAACGAGGGCAGGAAGCCACUGCAAAGGGGGGACUAUGGCGUUGGAACUUACUCCCCGGAGUUGCAGCACAGGGGGUCGGAUGAUCAUCCCACUCAAACCACCCCGUACGAGAGGAAACUUCCCCUUCUUAUCCUCGAGACAAACCUUUCCAAUGAGCUGAAAAAGGAAAAUGGUAAAGAUAAGGAUGAGGAGGCAUCUCAUCUGGCUAGGUAUUACCAGUCCGCUCUGACCAUACGUAGGGAUGACAUGUUUGAUUUCAUGGGUGGUUCAGUCCCUCGGUUGCCAGAGAGAAGCGAAGAAGUAGCGAAUCAAAAUGCAUGCAGCACGUGUAAGACGUACCUGGCUGUAGACGCACAGAGGGUAAAAGGCCGUUUUGAUGAGGAAAAUGGCGAGCUGGACGGAGAAAGCAAGAUUGGGGUUAUUCCAAGAAUGAGUAACAAGAAUAAGACAUUGGACGUUAGGGAAGGUGUUCCUCCUAAUGGAAGCAUCCCUCCGAAGGGAAGGGAAGAAGUCUUGGAGAAGAGCAGACUAGUGAGGGGCGCAGACGAAGAAGGUGACCACGGGAAUGAAGAGAAAGUGAAGGGGAAAUAUGAGGACGCGGCUAUGUGUGCUUUUGCGGGGGGUGCGGCUUGCAGAGUGGCUGAUUGUGCAGUGGGCCGCUAUCUAGAAGGAGAGAACAACAGGCUGGUGAAAACAUUAGGAGUCAACACAGAAAGAGGGAGCAUCGGGACGGGUGGCGACUCGCACAAAGGGUCAACUUCCUGUCUGCCGGAGUUGGAAAAUGAGAAUGCGAAUGGGAACAGUGACCACAACGGUGACAACCAAAAUGGUGUCUCGAAGGAAGGGUCUGCGGAGGGACUGACUCGAUACGGCAGUGGCCUGCGGGGCGAAAGCCACAGCCAGUAUGGCAGUAGUAGUACAGUAGAUAUGUGCGCGCAAAACCUUGAUGAGAUUUUUCUCGGAAGGGUUGAGAAGAGCGGAAUUGAAUCGGCCCGUAGGAAAAGGGAGGGGAUAGUACGCGGUUUGAUGGAAAAGCCAUCGUUGGGGAAUCAUGAACACAAGAAGAGAAACCACCAUGACGGGGUCCACCAUGACGCGGCCCACCAUAAGGAGCUGCUAAAAUACUUCCAUGAGAUGCAACAGUGUAGCGGAUGCUCGGUGCUGGAGAGGCUGCGGACGGAAGAUGGACACUCUGAAGGGGGCGUCAGUGACGAGCAUGGUGAGGGGCGCAUGGACAGUCCACCUGGAUUGGGCGAAUACGGGGGGGAGAAAGACUAUGCCAACUUUAGGCCGUAUAACUUAUUUUCCCUCUUUAAUAAAAACAGUCUCGACCUAAACGGAUUACCGGAUAACUGUGACGUGAAGACCGCAUCACACAGGUGUGUCUCCCAGGAUGAAGUCAUCCUAGAGCCGAUGGGGAAGGGUAGCAGCAGUAGCGACCGCGCCGGGAGGAAUCACCUUGCGAGUACCACGAGUACCGCGAGUGUCUCUAAUGAGAAGAGGGUAGCUGAACCGGUCCCCUCUAAGCACAGAAGAAGCGAUGUCCCUGUUUACUCACUUGCAGGCAGGGGCAAUAGCGGCGGCAACAGAAGCAACGGUGGAACGAACAUCCGCCCCUGCUCCAUGAAUUUGCCAGGCGAAUCCGUAAUAGGGAAGCGUUUCGGGAGGAGAGGAAGAAACGGAGUCCUAAGUGGUAAUCUAACUGAUGACGGACGUGUUGACAGAGGUGCAGGGUGCGCGAGAAACGCCGAUGGGGGAGAUUCGCACGUGGCUGCCUUCGAUGCAGUGAGUCAUGCACACCCAUUUUGUAAGGGUGAAAAGAAGGUGAGCCGUAGGAAAGGAGCCAAAUUGAGUAAGACAACAGGAGAAGAGCAUGUGACCCCCGCGGAGUAUGAUCUUAGCGGUGGUUCCAUCGAUGAAUGCCUAAGGGAGAAGCACACUGUGAGGAGUCUCACCACGUUGGAACAUGACACCCAAAUGAGGAAGGAGGCAAGACUAGCAGUAGCCACAGAAAGAGAAAAAAAUAACAACACUCUCAAUCGUCAAGUAAGAUGCAACUCUCCAGUGAUGAAUAAUUAUCCCGAUGGAAGUUACGAUUAUCUAGUCCACUCGAAUGAAGACGAUAUCUUCAAAAGGGAGCAUCAUCUGCUGUAUAGGUGGUUAGGGCUGUCCUCGUUAGGUGAAAGUUGCCCCAUGGGGAUGGACGGUUCUGGAGAAAAUCCCCUUCUCACCCUGGAUGAUGAAGAAUCGUACUUAUUAAAUUUAUAUACGAUGGGAGGGAUUGAAAAUGUCCUAUGGAGCGAGAAGGACAUGAGUUGUUGCUCCAGGGGUAGCAAGUCAGGGAGAAGCAUCUCAAAGAGGAGCAUCUCAGGAAGAAACAUGGUCCACAAUGGAGCACAGUCUCCACUGAAGAACAAGGAGGAAGAAUUUUAUGACUCGAGUUUGGGUAACAUCUCAGUUGCGUACGAAGAAAUGGGAAGUAACAACAUAUUUAUGGGCAAUUACAACUGGGACGAUAAGGAGGAGAAACUUGUGAGCCCCGAUGAGGGGGCUGUCAGGAUAGGCAACAAGAGAAUGGAGAUGAUGGCGAGCCAAGCGAGUAACCAGAGGAUGGUGCAGAGGAAGAAGAGUGAUGUUGCGAAAGAAGGCAAUACACAUUUUGAGAAGAAUGAUUACUAUGGGGACUUAACUGAGAGGAAGUUUUUCUCCAGGCCUCAGCCUUCUGAAGGGGUGGAGUGGAGCUGCAGCAGGGGAGGGGAAGCGAACUUGAUAGGCGACCUCUCCUGGGAUGGUUCGAAGUGGGAUGAUCCGAAGUGGGACCAAGUCGGUCAUGAGCCGCUCGCCAGCGUACACAUGGACGAUGGUGGAGCAGGUGGAUGCUCCAAUGGGCUAGUGGGCAGCCGGAACGGAGGCGCAAUGAGCUCCUGGAGAAGCAACACGGAGAAAGGAAACGGAUCGGAUAAGGGGAGGAGUCACGCGGAACAUGUGAAUCAGGCGAGUCACCCAAACCAUGCAAGCCACGCUCUGACAGCGGCCUUCCUCAACUAUGACUAUGAGAAAGAGAUCGAAGACGACGUAGUGCGCAGUUUCUUGGAGGAGAAGGACUCCGCCGCGUGCGACCGCCUGGACAGUUCCUUCCUUUACGACUUCCACGUCGGUAAUGGGAGGCCUUUUUUCAAUCAUGGUGGCGAUGGUACGGUAAGCGCCAAGGAGAAAUACUCUCUAUAUGACGACGAGAACGCCGCCGCAUUUGACGAUGGCGCCUUCUGCGUCGACCUGUCAAAGGACCUGAACCUCCACUUCUUUAGCCAAGAUGGCUAG